GCAUGUCGCCGCCUCACAUGGCAGUUCGGGCAGCUCUGUGUGUUUACUUUAAUAAGUUGAUAUAUUUACCAAGUGAUCGAUAGUUCGUCCCCUUCUCAAAUUGGCCAAGAUGUAUAAGAAGAACUCAGACGUUUGCUGGAGAUGCAAAAAAGGGGGUAGGUACCUUCCGGCACAUGUGGUGGGACUGCGUGAAGAUACGAGAAUUCUGGGACAUAAUAUAUAACAAACUCAAAAAGAUAUUUAAAUUCUCCUUCAGAAAACCCCCAGAAGCCUUUCUGUUAGGCAUUAUGUCUACCAAAAUACAAAAAAAAUCUAUAGAACCUUUUUUAUGUAUGCAACCAUGGCGGCCAGAAUUUUAAUAGCAAAAAAUUGGAACGGUGACUCAACCCCCACAAAAAUUGACUGGCAGGAGAAGAUGAUAGACUAUUUAGAACUUGUGAAAACGACUGGGAGAUUAAGAGGAAACUCAAACCAGAAAGACUCCUUCAUCUACCUGCCCUGUCCAGGAAUUUCAGCAAGUGAGACACUGGAGGCAGAACAAAUCUUGAAAUGGCAGGAUAUGUGCAAAGCAUUGGAGGUUGACCGAUUUUCCUUGGAGGCUGGCAGAAAAGAGAGCGAACGAGAGGCGUCAAAACUCGAGAGAGAAACCGAGCUUCUGCGUAAAAGACUCCAGGAGCUUGAAGAAGAGUCUCAGCCCCAGAAAGCAGGUUUUCAGAGAGAGAUUCAGUUGGCGCUGACAGAAGAACGCCAAUUGCUACGAGAGAAACUGGCUCUGGAAAACGAACUGGAGCAGCUGGAAAGGUAUCAGGUGGCCCAAGAAGAGCUCCACAAGGUGCCAACCAACUUACCUGAACGGGUGAUGGUGUUUAAAGGCCACGUGGAAGAGGCGAAGGAGGAGACAUUGCCUAACCGUUUGACAGCUCGGCCACAGAUUCGAUAUCCUGUGCCUGGGGGAUCGGCUCUCAUCACUUUUGAAAGCCACGAGGUUGCCUCCAGGAUCAUUGAAAUGGAGCAGCACCAGGUUCAACUGGAUGAAUUCACCUAUGUGCACGUGAAGGCUGAGCCGAUGGUGUUACUCUUGCCCUCAUCCUUGGAGAUCUCCCUGGAAAAGAGUCCGCGACGGGUCCUGCUGUCUGGCAUCGUGGCCCCCUCUCUGCCUGAGGACCGGCUGCUUGAGAAGCUGGAGUUGUUUUUCAGCAAGCGGCAGAACAUGGGAGGCGAGGUGUUCAGCGUGGAGCGGCUGAGCGACUCUGGCCACGUGGUGCUGACGUUUAUGGAUGAUGGAGUGGCCAAGCGGCUUAUCCAAAUAGGCCAGUACCAAGUGCCCAUCGGACAGGAGAGUCACACAGUCAAGCUGUCACACUAUGUCGGCGGAGAAAUCGCAGAGCUGCAGAAAGUGGUAAGCUGGGUCAGGGCCUGCUCUCCCAUGAGGUGGACGGAGGCGGCCGCUUCGGGCGGCAGGAUCCCAAGGGGCGGUGCCUACACCAUGGGAGAAGCAGCUGCGACUUCUCACUUCUCCCUGCGGCCAGAACCAAGAAUCUACAACCACACAACCUCAUUCCGUCCUUCGGUCUGCGCUCGGACUGUCCUGCUGUCGGGGAUUCCAGACGUCCUGGACGAGGAAUUGAUGCGUGAAGCCCUGGAGAUUCAUUUCCAGAAGCCUAGCAAGGGUGGGGGAGAAGUGGAUGUUGUCGCUUACGUCCCGAUUGGACAGUGUGCGGUAGCUGUCUUUGAAGCGGAGGAGGAGGAGGAGCAAGACUGAGAGUGACCCUGCCUUCCAGAGGCAGAGAAAGCUUUCUUAAAUUGAUUUCAGCGCAAGUGGCUGCUCAACUCCCAUCAAGGAAAGAUCCUGCCAAAAAGGAUGCAAAGCUCUGAACAUUUGGGGGAGAGGGAAGUUUUGAUAGUCCGAAUUCUGAAUCACUGCAAGGAUGUGGAGAAUCUCGGAUAAAUCUCACUCAGGUAUAAAAAUGGAACGGAUAUCCUUGCCAGCGUAAUCCUGUAUUGUGAAGAACCAGAGGAUGGAGUUCUUGCAGUUUGGAUUAAAAAAAGAGGCAGUCCCUGGCACACACUGACACCCCUUUUCUCUGACGUGCGGACUUUUAUCUGCAUUAUUUGGUUUGUGGUUUUUCCUGCUGCCUUGUCCCUGUUCAGUAAUUCUGUCUCAAACGCUUGCAGUUCACCCAAAGUGAAGGAGAGACUCUCAGAAAAUCAGAAUAAAGAGAACAGCAGACUCUCCCUCCUGCUGUUUGCAAAUAAAUAAA